AUGGUGAAUGAUAAACUAAAAGAUACCAUCCGUCCUGGUGCAAAAAUUACUGUAGAUGAAUCCAUGUUUGCCUGGUAUGGAAGAGGUGCGUAUUUCAAAGACGGGAUGCCAGCAGUUAUGAAAAUUAAAAGAAAACCAAAAGGAGUGGGUUGUGAAGUAAAAACAGCGUGUGAUAGUAAUACAAACAUUUUGAUGAGAUUGGAAAUUAAUGAGGGUGCUGAUACCCUCAUAUCGAUAUUCACAACCACAUCAGGCAGGACGGAUUGGCGUUAG